AGCACAUCGAAUAUAAAAUUAGCAUCAUAUUCAAUAAAUGCUAUCGAUUUAUGCUGUAUUAUACAGGAUAAACACCUUAAAUCGAUUCUAAAAAUAUGCACAGAAUCAAAAUAUUAAAAAAUAUGUUGAUGUUUUAAUAACCUGCUUAAUCUAUAACAAAGAACAAGUGAUUUAAUUUCAUGUCACAUCAACUACUUUUAUUUAGAACUUGGAUAAUCAAUUUUCAAGCACGCUUAACAUCGCAUUUUCUCAGAUUCAAUGCCUUGUGGAUUGGCAAAAACUGACCUUGUCUUCAUAUUGGACAGUUCAACAAGUGUCACAGAAGAAAACUUUGUUCGAAUGCUUCAGUUUUGUAAAGACAUUAUAAAUAGUGCUGAUACAGAUGGCGGAAGUGUCCGUGUAGGCGCAAUGACUUUUGGCUCUGUAACGGAAGUGCAGUUUAAUCUGAAUUCGUUUUCAAAAAAACAUUAUCUUUUCGACGCAAUUGAUGAAAUGACACGCGUUUCCGGGAAUUCUAAUGUCGCUGAUGCUAUUAGAGCCGCACGAAAACGAAUGUUCACGCUUGAGAAUGGCGAUAGACCAGACGCUGAAAACGUUAUUAUGUUAUUGACGGAUGGACUUUCAAAUAUAAAUUCGCAACUUACCAUACCAGAAGCAAAAUUUGCACACUUACAAGGAAUACACAUUUAUGCUAUUGGUAUUGGUCUUUCUGACACACGUGAAAUAGAAGGCAUAGCCUCGGAACCAUGGCAGGAGAAUAGUUUUUCCAUCAGGAAUUUUGAGGAACUUUCCGAUUUAUCUGAAAGUUUAUACAUGUCUGAAUGUCAAGGUAAACAUAAUGUAAGAUUAACAUGGGUCCUUCUUAACGUGUAGUCAAAUAUGUAUACGUCUAUCCCGUGCGUUUAUUUGAGAUCUUUCCUUUAACUUUAACAUUUUCUUAUAAAUACAAAUUUUCUUUUAGGUAUUUCCAAAAUUCAGCAGUUAGACUAACUGAUACUAGAUGCAUAUACUCGAUGCGUUAUAUUUGUAUUUGCUUGCAUGUUUUUGAAAAAAAAUUGUGCAGAGCAGAUAGAAAUAGCUUCCC